GUAGCUGAAUCAGAUGAAGAGAACAAAUAUAUAAUUCACAACUUAACAAAUUCAAGUCUCACAAUAACAUGUCCUGGCCUGGCAUUCAUUGCUUACCCUCGGGCUUUAUCCAUGAUGCCUUUACCUCAACUCUGGGCUGCCUUCUUCUUCAUCAUGAUUAUCCUUCUUGGAUUGGACAGUGAGUUUGUGUAUCUGGAAGGCCUGGUGACAGCCAUAUCAGACAUGUUUCCAUCCUUCUUUCUUAUUGGUCAUCGACGUAAACUACUUCUGUUGAUCAUCUGUGGUGUUUCCUUUGUUAUUGGCCUGUUUAUGGUGACUGAGGGAGGACUUUAUGUAUUUCUGCUGUUUGAUUACUAUGCUUGCAGUGGAAUACCAAUAAUGAUUUUUGCCAUUUUGGAGUGCGUCUGUGUGGGAUGGAUAUAUGGUGCUGAUCGUUAUUAUGACAAUAUAAAGGAAAUGAUUGGCUACUACCCCUCAUCGCUUAUGAAAUAUUGUUGGAAGUUCAUCACACCAUGUCUCUGUGUUGGAACACUGAUAUUCUCUCUGGUCAAGUUCACCCCGCUGAAAUACAACAACACCUACGAGUACCCCUGGUGGGGCUUUGCCAUUGGGAUGGUUCUUGCUUUAUCUUCAGUUCUCCUGACUCCUCUGUGGAUUAUCUAUCGUAUGGCUGUAACCCCGGGAACACUGAGACAGAGACUGAAAACGUUAUGCACUCCUGCAUCCGAUCUGCAAUCUUCUCCACCAAAGAAGACUCUUUACCCUGAAACCCCUACUCCUGAUACAGAGCUGCAUGCUUUAACUUAAAAACUAAAACAUGGCAGUACUGAAGAAACUGAUUGGAUUUGUAAUCCCUUAUUACCUGAUGAAUGCAUCACCAAAGAAGAGUCUACAGCCAGUUACAAACUCAACGCAGGAGAUCUUUACAUCCUUGGUGUCUGAAUGUUCUUAUUUUAAAAAGUCAGCCGUGUUAAAAAGUUACAAUUGUAAAAAGACCUUAUCAUCUUAUAUAACUUUUGGUGGUGGAUAUUAUUACUUGAAUUGUUCCUUUUAAACUAUAUGGGUUUUGGUUGUGCAAAUAAAUGAAUCUUGAUUGAAACUCCAUGUUAACUUUGCCAUCGACUUCUAUGUAAUCAAUAACCCCUCAGUAUACCCAUGCUGUUUUUUUAUCCAAAGUGUUACCCAAAAUGAUCGUAUACUGCAUUUAAUAAAGUGACAAAUAAAGGAAAGACAAUAUGGUGCAGUAAACAAAUCAAUCCCAAAUUGAUUUGGUGUAGAAAUGAUCAUAAUACAUCAUAAAGUAGACACCUACAAAGCAUG